AUGUGGGGGCUCGAUCGCUUCUCAGGCCAUUCCACCCCUUCUGGCUCUCCUCCACCACAGAAGAGAUCAUUUUCACCUGCGCCUCGACGUCCCAGUCACCUCGGGCCUGGACUUGCGGCGAGACCACCACACAAUCCUCGAUCUUCAUCUCUCAACGUCUCCGGCAAAUACAACGCUUCCACCACGUCAUUGAACUCUCCACGUCUGCCCAAUGGUUCGGGUCUAAAGCAGCAGAUCACCCCGCCAGCAGACCUCACGAACCCACUGAAAUUGCUAGAGGAGAUAGUUGGGCGCCCAGUAGCUGACGAGGAUGAGGGGCAUGGAGAAGAGGGUCAAGGCCAAUGGGAGAAGCCGGCUGACCUGGUCGAGGAUGUUCAUUUUGGGGGGCGGAGCAUACAUAAUUUCUUGGAGGACGAAGAUGAACGACACGACAUUGGAGAUUUAGACUCCUAUGACAAUACCGCACAAAGUGCCAUGGAAUAUGAACGAGCCAAGGACAAGUUUGAGGACUUGCAUAGAUCCAUCCUCGCAUGCGACGACGUUCUCAAGUCCGUCGAAGUUUCCCUGACAAAUUUUCAAAAAGACCUGGGUGCAGUGUCAGCCGAGAUCGAGACCCUUCAAUCCCGCUCAACUACUAUGAACAUCAAGCUAGAGAACCGAAAAGUGGUUGAGAAGCUUCUGGGUCCUGCCGUCGAGGAGAUUUGCGUUUCUCCUACAAUAGUCAAACAGAUCUCCGAAGGUCCAAUCGACCACGCUUGGAUCAAGGCGCUUGAAGAACUUGACAAACGAUCCAAGACAAUCGAACACAAAUUCAAAGGACCUGACAAGGUCCUUGCAGUGUCAGAGGUCAAGCCGCUUUUGGAGGACCUUACCAACUUGGCUAUAGAGCGAAUACGUGACUUUCUGGUCUCUCAGAUCAAGGCUUUACGUUCACCAAGCAUCAAUGCCCAAAUUAUUCAGGAGCGAGCAUUCAUUGCUUACAAGGACCUCUAUGCUUUCCUGGCCAAACAUCAUGCCCAGCUUGCCGAUGAAAUUGCUCAAGCAUACAUUAACACUAUGCGUUGGUACUACUUGAGUCACUUCACACGCUAUAGAAUGGCUCUUGAGAAGAUCACUCUGUACACUGUGGACAAGCAUGAUGCUCUGGGAGAUCAAAUGAACCAACGAGGCGCCGCCUCCAAAAGUGCCCAACCCGCUCACGACGCUCUCUCACUUGGUCGACGUAUCGACAUUCUGAAGCGCGCCUCUUCUUCUGCGCUUUCCUCCCAUGUAGCGGAGCAGUCAAAAGCUCCCACGUAUCUCGAAACCCCUUUCUACGCCUUCAAUACCGCCUUGAUCGACAAUGCUUCCUUCGAAUACUCCUUCCUCACAAGCUUUUUCACUAACUUAUCAUUUCAUGUCGUCUCCCAGCACUUCAAUUCGAUAUUUGCCCCGACUUUUGCUUUGGGAAAUGCUUUUACGAAACAUCUAAUAGAUACUUCCUACGACUGCUUGGGAAUACUACUUUGCGUUCGUCUGAAUCAACAUUUAGCCUUCGAGCUGCAACGGCGGAAAUGCCCAGUCGCGGAUGGAUAUGUUAAUGGCACGAACAUGCUUCUUUGGCCGAGGUUUCAGUUGGCUAUGGAUGUGCAUGUUGAAUCUGUGCGGCGCUCUACAGCUUCGCUCUCAGGUGGCUCCCGCGCUACAUUGUCCUUGAUGAACUCAAGUGCAGAUAGCAAGGGGUCCACAGCUCCCCACGUUCUGACUCAGCGCUUUGGGCAAUUUCUGCAAGGCAUCUUGGCGCUCGGCAGCAACGAGAAUAUAGCAUCAGUCACAGGAGAGGCGGCACCGAGUGAUGCCGAACCUGUGGGCCGCAGCUUGGAACGCUUGCGCGGGGAAUUUGAAGCUUUCUUGAUGAAGUCUUCGAAGGGACUAGUACAGGGGAGAAGGGGAAGGUUCUUAGGGAACAAUUACAGUCUUGUAUUGACUAUUGUAGGAGAUACGGGCGGCAGAUUGGCGAAAGAGACGAGGGAGUGGUUUGAGCAAGCGAAGGAAGGUGUUGGAGAAUAUUGA